AUGGACAGCUGGGUUGCACAGGCCGUGGGCAGGAUUAACGCGGAUUCCCACAGAUCCGCCGAUACGCACCUUUUCAAUCUCCGGGUCCCACGGCUCGAAGGCAUUGAUAUAUACCUGAAGGACGAAAGCACUCAUCCGACCGGAAGCCUGAAGCACAGGCUGGCCCGCUCCCUGUUUCUUUAUGCGCUUUGCAACGGCAAGAUCAGGGAAGGCACAACGAUCGUCGAAGCGUCGUCGGGCAGUACAGCAGUAUCUGAAGCCUAUUUUGCCAGGAUGAUCGGCGUUCCCUUCAUUGCGGUCGUUCCGGAAAGCACGGCCCACAGCAAGAUCAGGCUGAUCGAACUUUACGGCGGCAAGAUCCAUUUUGUCGGAUCGGCGCCGGAAAUGCAUGACGCAUCGAUCGAGCUGGCACAGUCGAUUGAUGGUUAUUUCAUGGAUCAGUUCACCUAUGCGGAGAGAGCGACAGACUGGCGCGGCAACAACAACAUUGCAGAGAGCAUUUUCCGGCAGAUGGAUUUCGAACCGCAUCCGGUGCCCAGGCGGAUCGUCAUGAGUGCGGGAACAGGGGGCACAUCGGCAACGCUUGGGCGUUACAUUCGCUACAAUAGCUACGAAACGGAAUUGACGGUCGUCGAUCCGGAAAAUUCGGUUUUUUACGACAGUUACAAAACUGGCGACGGGUCGCUCGUUUCAGGUAAGUCGAGCCGGAUCGAAGGUAUCGGCAGGCCGCAAGUGGAGAAGUCAUUCCAGCCGGGUGUGAUUGAUGACAUGAUCAAGGUGCCGGAUGCUGCCAGCGUUGCAACAAUUCUCUGGCUGGAACAGAUCAUCGGCCGCAAGGCAGGGGCGUCGACCGGUACGAACCUCUGGGGGGUCAUGCAGGUGGCAGGCGAAAUGAUGGAAAAGGGCGAACGCGGCUCGCUCGUAACGUUGAUGUGUGACAGCGGCGAACGGUAUCUCGACAGCUAUUACGACCCGGCAUGGGUGCGCACGCAUAUUGGUGAUGUCAGCGCUUAUGCAGAACAAUUGGCCCGCUGGAACUGA